CUGUUAAACCCUCGCCUUUCCGCCGCCCGUCGCUUCCCCCAAACUAUCGUGUUCACCACCGACGGCGGCGGCGAAACACCUUGUCGCCCUCUACCGAAAUCCCAGCCCAAGCGUGAGCGCCCGCUCCCCACCAGUCACCAUGGCGCCGCGCUCCCGCAAGCGGGCUUCGCGCCCCAAGCCCCGCCCAGGCUCCCGACGUGGUGGCGGCGGAGGGGACGACGACCCCUUCUUCGAGUCCGCGCCCAAGCGCCGCCGCGGGGACCGUGACGAGGACAUAGAGAGCGAGGACAGCGACGACGACGGCGUGGCUGCGCUUGGCCGCGGAUUUGAUGAGGAUGGGGACGAGGGCGGUAAGGAGGAUGAGGACGAGGAAACGGUGGGGGAGAAGAAGAUGCGGAUAGCGAAGGAGUGGCUGAAGAAGGUCACUGAAGUCGCUAAGAGGGGGCAGGAGGAUGACGAUGAGGAUGAGAACGUGUCGGGAGGGAGACGGGUGGCGGAGAUCCUGCAGAGAAAGCAGCUCGAGGAGAGCGGCAGGAAGCGGCGGGAGAUUGCCGCGAGGGUAUUACCACCAGGCCCUCAGGAUGGCUUUAAGGUUCUUGUGAAGCACCGGCAACCUGUUACUGCUGUUGCUUUAUCCAAGGAUAGUGAUAAGGGGUUUUCAGGAUCAAAAGAUGGAAUCAUUAUGCAUUGGGAUGUUGAAACUGGGAAAUGUGAGAAGUAUAUAUGGCCAAGUGAAGAUGUGUUGGUUUCACAUCACGCUAAACCGCCAGUAUCAGCUAAAAGAAGCAAGCAAGUGCUGGCUUUAGCUGCCAGUUCUGAUGGUCGUUACUUGGCGAGCGGUGGCUUGGACCGUCACAUUCAUUUAUGGGAUAUUAGGUCACAGGAGCACAUACAGGCAUUUAGCGGCCAUCGGGGACCAAUAUCAUGUCUUGCUUUUGCGCCAGACUCUUCAGAGCUAUUCUCUGGUUCUUUUGAUCGUUCAAUAAUGCAGUGGAAUGCAGAGGAUAGAACAUACAUGAACUGUUUAUAUGGGCAUCAGAAUGAAAUCUUGACAAUGGAUGCAUUUAGUAAAGAGAGGAUUCUUACUGUAGCACGGGACCGUACAAUGCACCUUUGGAAGAUUCCAGAAGAGUCACAGUUAGUGUUCCGUGCUCCUGUUGCCACAUCUUUAGAGUGCUGCUGCUUUAUUGAUGACAAGGAGUUUUUGUCUGGAUCUGAUGAUGGAAGCAUUGAGCUUUGGAGCAUAAUGAGGAAAAAGCCUAUCCUCAUAGUAAAAAAUGCUCAUCCAGUAUCAUGUACUGACCUUAAUUCAGUUGACAACGAUGAUGAGUCACCUAAAGAAAAUGGAAUACAUAAACCUGAAAGCGUGUCGUCCGCAGCCCAGUCAUGGGUUGGUACUGUUGCUGCUAGAAGAGGUUCUGACCUUGCUGCAUCAGGAGCAGGAAAUGGUUUAGUUCGUCUCUGGGCUAUCAAACCUGAUUCCAAGGGAGUCGAGCCAUUAUUUGAUUUGAAACUGGAUGGAUUUGUUAAUUCUCUCGCCAUAGCAAAAUCUGGACGUUUUAUUGUUGCUGGUGUUGGCCAGGAGCCUCGCCUUGGAAGAUGGGGACGAGUCCGAUCUGCUCAAAAUGGAGUUGCAAUUCACCCGAUCCGACUAAAAGACGAGAAAGAGGACUUGUAGAGUAGAUGAUUGGUGUCUUGCCCCGUAGAUGUUUAUGAAGAUCACACAGGCAUUACAGUGGAGAGCGUUCAUCCAUCCAGCCUGCACUUUUGCAGCCACGCCACAGAGGAAAAUCCGUUUCGAGAAGCUAAAUGGAUAUCUGCAAGCAAUGCGAAUUUGGAGGGUGCUAUAGCCUACAGAUGAUUUUGAGCUCCGGACAUGUGGCAAGAGAAUUUGUGAGGCGAUUUUGUAACUUCUACUGCCUUCUGAAGCGACAAAAAAAAAUAAUUUAUGAAACAAGGAGGAUCCAUAUUUUUUCCCUGGUUGAGGGCAUUCUUUUUUUUUUCUA